UGACUUUCAAUCCACUAGGGUUCGUUUGCCGUGGAAUUUCAAACCCCCACCGAAUUUCCCAGGCCGACAUCAUCUUGGAUUUCUCCCUCAACAUCUUCAUUCACGACAGACAGCAAAAAUGCAGAUCUUCGUGAAGACCCUGACGGGCAAGACUAUCACCCUCGAGGUGGAGUCCUCCGACACCAUCGACAAUGUCAAGUCCAAGAUUCAAGACAAGGAGGGCAUUCCCCCCGACCAACAGCGCCUGAUCUUUGCCGGCAAGCAGCUCGAGGACGGCCGAACCCUCUCCGACUACAACAUCCAGAAGGAGUCUACCCUCCACUUGGUCCUCCGUCUGCGUGGUGGUAUCAUCGAGCCCUCGCUCAAGGCCCUCGCCUCCAAGUUCAACUGCGACAAGAUGAUCUGCCGCAAGUGCUACGCCCGUCUCCCUCCCCGUGCCACCAACUGCCGCAAGCGCAAGUGCGGCCACACCAACCAGCUUCGACCCAAGAAGAAGCUCAAGUGAACGAUUCGUCACAGCAUGUUCCAUCUCUUCGGCGUCUUUGGUUUGGGGUGUUAUCAUGAGCACGCUACGGACGGGUGGAUAGAUAUUAUCGACACCACUGCGAUGGGCUUUUUUUCUCUGCGGAAAUGGCUAUGCGUAGGCUAGUUUCGGUAGCAAUUAAGUUGCGAUGCACAUGAGUAAUCUGGACAUAUAUGCAAAUCAGUGACUUGUUUUGGUGAUGGAUAGAUCACAUAGGGGGUAUUCCUUUCCAGAUUUUAAACUUAUAGCAUGAUUCUUCGUAGUGUGGUGAUUUUGCUAUAUAAAAGCCUUGCCUCUCAACUUAUAAACAAUUUGCCCACAUAUCGUGGGGUUACUGAAGCCAUCGCAAAAUAUAUUAUUGUGUUAUUUUAAAACAAU